AGGAAGAUCUGAGAACCGCAGACAUUAUAUUUUUUCUCAGUAGCACUAUAAUAUUUACAGAAUGAAACAGAAAAUAGUGAAUGGGGUGUAAUGAAUGACCUUCCUUUUCUGCUUUGCCUUUGUAGAAAGGCUGUGCACAGCUCAGAAAGGAAACUGACCCACUGCAGGAAAUUAUAUGGGAAGAAAAUGCAUUCUUGGAACCAUGUUCACAUCCAGAGCAACAAUUUUACCUUUGGCAAAACUCUCUCACAUCACGAGGUACAAGGAACAGCUAUUGCAAUGCUUGUUAGUGCAGUGAUGCUGAAAACAGCCUGACAUUUCUAGUCGAUCAAAAGGGAAAAAAUAACCUCAGCUAUGGAGAGAAAACGACAGCUACAGAAAAGGGAAUUUGGGAAAAGACUUUCUCUGGACAGCAGUCUUGUGGAAUAUAUGGACUCCAACAAAUACAUCGAGCAUUUAGUGACUCAGCUGGAAGAGCAGCGCUGGAAUUUAUGGAGGGAGAAGCUGUGUGUGGCUCGGCUGCAGAGGGAAGUUGCCCAGAGUAAAAGCGAAGGAGCCAUGCGUGAGAAGCUGAUACAUGAGUUGGAGGAAGAAAGACAUUUGAGACUUGAGAGUGAAAAAAGAUUGCGGGAGGUGACGCUGGAGUCGGAGCGGAGCAGGGCUCAGAUGCGGGGGCUGCAGGAGCAGUUUUCCAGAAUGGAGGAGACAGUGAGAAAUCUGCUCCAGAACCAAGGAUCCCCAGGCCAGCAUGGAGAAGGAACUGUCAAUAUCAUGAAGGUAUAUCAGGAAAAGCUGUCAGAAGACAGUAGAAGAUGCAUAGAAGGCAUGGAAAAAAUUCGCACACUGGCAGAUGAAGAUUCAAGAAGUGAAAGCAGCAGCACUGAGGAGGAAAAGGAAAAAACAAAAUUGCUCUUGGAGCGUUUGAAAGCUCUGGAGGCAGAGAAUUCAGCGCUGGCUCUGGAAAAUGAAAAUCAGAGAGAACAGUAUGAAAGAUGUCUCGAUGAGGUAGCUAAUCAGGUUGUUCAGGCUCUACUUACUCAAAAGGGUCUGAGGGAGGAAUGUAUAAAGCUGAAAAUGAGAGUUUUUGAUCUGGAACAACAGAAUCGAACUUUAAGUGUGCUUUUCCAGCAGAAAGUCAAACCAGCUUCUGACCUCCUCCUUCAGAAACUCCAUUCACGCAUCUUGGACCUCUCAUCUGGGGAUUUGCUUCCAGAAGUGGAGCGAAACCGAAGCCUGGUGCAGGCUCGAAGUGCUGAUGCUCAGAUGCUCGAAUACCAGCAGAAUGUGAAAUCCAGCAUACCUGUCUUGAAAUGCCAAAGUCAAUUAAAUAUGACAGGCUCUAGCCGCCUGUAUCCUCGGAGCAGCUGCAGUAGCAGUGAACUCUCCCUCUCAAGUGCUUGCAGCGAAUAUUCCAGUGGUUCCUCCUACACUUGGAAUGAUGGAAAGACAAGCAAAAGGUCAUCCGUGAGAUGGGACAAAAGAAUAAGCAUUGGUUCUUCGCUCCCAAGCAACCUCUCAAGUCCUGCAGAUGAUCUACCUCCAACUCGUAUCAAGGAAAACCAUAUCUUAGAAGGGCUGAAGAAAUUGCAGGAGCAAAAAAUAUUGCUUGAACCACCUUCAGUAAUAUCAAAAUGGGGUUACAAAGAUUGCAUGAACUCCAACGAAGGAAUAUAUUCCCCUGGAAUUAAGUGUGGUGGCCAUAAUGAACAGACUCAUUGUAAGCCAAUGGAAAUGGGAAGUAUUUGCAUUGAGCACAACAAAACUUUCUCUUAUGAUUCAGAUUCACAUGAUGAUGCAGAUGAUGACUCUUCAUCCUUACUGUUGCUGCAGGAAGUUCCAAGCAAAGACUGCAGGACCUAUUGUAAUAAAUUAACUCAUAGCAUUUCUGACAGUCUCUUUGACUGGGAUCCUAACAGGAAACAUUUGCCAGAAAGAAGUUCAUUUUUUAAUUCAAAGGAAAGACCUGAGAAAUUAACUAGUUUUGUCAGUGGAUUUCAGGCAGAUGUAAAAUCAUGCACCAGAGCAAAGCUGCCUGAGUUACAGUUAAAUCAAGGCCAUUCUAAUAUGGGCUGGAAGGACUUUAAUUUUCAGCUUUCAGACACUGAUGACAAUGAAGUCUUGGAUGAAUUGCAUAUAGAAAGCAGUGAUGAGAAAAGUCCCUCAGAUUUAUUAGCAACUCCCUUUCCUGAGAAGUAUACAAAGACCCCUGACUUGCUCAAAGUCACGGAGAAUUCUCAGCUUGUAUCUACUGACAAAGAAGAGAGUCAGAUACCUGUUCACUCAGACAUUAGGCCUAAGCCAUGUAAUUUCAUUAAGCAACAAAAGGUUAUAAAAAAGACCUCUUCUGAAGAGUGCAUUACAGUAAUAUACGAUGCUAAGGAUGGUGAGCCAAUUGAAUUCAGCUCACAUCAAACUGGAGUUGUCACUGUAACAAGAGAUGAGAUUUCAAUCAACCAGCCACAAACUACGUCCAGUGCAGAAUACACUGAACUUAUACCUCAGGGAAGAACUGAUUUGCACCCAGGACCCAAUGCUAGAAACCACACUGCUUUAGAAAGGCAGGAAGAUGAAACUGGGAAAAAUACUCAAGAUAAAAAAUAUCUUGAAGAUAAUGCAGGGAAUAAAAAUAAAGUUGUCCCCCUGACCUGUGGUGAAUCUUCACGCUGUGGAAGAGUGACACAGCAAAAUACUUCACGACAGAAACUAGUGAAGCCAGUGUAUGAUGCAUCAUACAAGGCCAAUUCAAGCUCCACUGUGCAUGCAGGAAUCAAUCAAAAGCCAAACACAACUAAAAUACCCAGCAGAGGUAAAUCUUCUCCCCAAAAAACUCUGAUGACUGAGAGUGGGGAGGCACCUGUAGCUCUGUCAGUGGGUCCCACAGCCCUUGAGAAAUCACCUGCUCUGCCACCUGUAAAGCUUUCAAGGUUCAAAAAGGCUCAGAGCCCACCUCGUCAUUUUGAUUCAAAAGUUGAAUUUCAGGUUCCAAAGCCCCCUGCCCACCACCUGCCAAACUUGAAACGUCCUGGCAGAGGAGAUGGGUCAAAGUAUCCAAAGAGUCAGAGUCCAGCAUCACCACUGUUGCCUCAGCACUUUAUAGAGCCCAGCAGCUAUGGGGAGCCUCCAACCAGAGACUUUCAUUGUGAUUUAGCCACUGUAGAAGCCCGGUCUCCAUCCCCACCCCUUCCUCCAGGCAGAUCAACAUCCCUGUUGAUUCGACCUAAUUAUGCUAAUUCUCCACCUUUAGCAGUAAAGUUAGGAGGAGCUGGUCCCACUGAAACAGCAAAAAAUGUACUGAAAUCAUCUCCAUUAAAAGGAACUGUGAACUCUGGCUUUCAUAAUCAAUCUAGUCAUGAAAUGCAAGCAAAAAAUGUAUCUUCUGGGGCCAAAAUUGAAUUAUCUUACCUUCAAGAAAAUGCAGAAGGAAUUAUGCAAAAUACAUGCACAUCUCAGCAGUCCCACAGUGCAUGCCAAGGACUUUCCAAAGUUUCCACAAAGCAAAUCUGUCCAAAAAACCCUAAUCAGGUGGGUCUCCACAGGAAUCAUGAGUAUUCCAGCACAGAUUUUCAAACAGCCAGGUCCUUUUCUCUAGGCUGUCCAUCACUGGAAAGAACUCCUUCACAAGACACAUAUUCCAGCAAAAACAAUAUUUCCAGUGACAGCGGGUUGGAUCAGCUCCAAAAGGUGCCAAACAUUCUCCCCACAACUCCUCAAUGUCACACGACCAGCACAAGUGAGCCUUUGCUAUCUCAGGUAAACAAUUUCCCAUCAAAUCUGUUUCAUGCAGGUGAUGCUGCCCAUCCCUCUCAAAACUCUAAUGAGAGGGGAAUGAAAACCCGUCUCCCUGUAGGACUGAAAUUAUUUGUCAAAUCUCCCCAGCUGCUCCGCAAGAGCUCUACUGUACCAGGGAAGCAGGAAAAAGACAGCAUAAAUGCAGCUUCCAAAAGCAAUGGCAGUUCCAGUAAGUACAAGCAAAGUGAACCUGUGUGUGCAACCUCCAAAGGUGCAACUGAUGCGGAAUUAAAGGGCUCCAAGUCUGAUACUGAAGAAAAAAAUAAUUGUGCUGUGGGAGUUAGUAUGGAUACAGCAUCAGCUCAUUCACACGAAAGCUGCAACUUGGUGGCAGACAGAGGAGAUGGAUUGGAAAACAAAUUAGUUAAGAGGUCUGUUUCUUCUAGCAACAAGUCCCACUUGAAGCCAGCUCUGGGCAUGAACGGAGCGAAAGCUCGUAGUCAGAGUUUCAGCGUCCACAUGGGGGAGAAGCCGUCUGCCCCUGCGACUGAAGGUCUCGGGAAAGUACGGACUCAGAUUAUUACAAACACUUCUGACAGGGGGAAUUCUCUCACAAGGCAGAACUCGGCCAUGGAAGGGCUUCAAAUCAAGGCUCCUCCUGGGACUGCAGUGACACCGGAGGCUCUUUUAUGUGCUACUAAACCCACAGAAAAUUCUUAUCCUAGACAAGGCUCUCUUGGAAAUAUGAGUAGUUGCAAUAGCCAGCAUGGAAGCCCAAGCAAAUUGCCCUUCAGAUCAUCUCAAAAAGUAGACCAAUUUCACAACACUUCAAAAUGUGAAGGAAGCAAACCAUUUUCUCAGAAAGAUGCCCGCAGUCUAUCUGUGCAGAGUGAGAAAAGCACUGAAAGCUUUAAGCAUGAAGCUCUAGGUAAAAGAAGUGUUCUGUCAGCAGAAUUGGAGUUAGAAGCCUCAGCUACUGCAUCUUCCAAGCAAAUUUUGUCCUUCCAAAGCUUUGAUGGAGUGAAGUGUCCCCAUAAACUGGAAGCAACAAAGUCACGAAGACAGCAAAUGUCUUUAAAACUAGCAGAGACCUCUGAGAAGGUUAAUGAUCUUUUGAGUUCACCAUCUCUGCAGCCUACAAUAGAGGAGAAAGUCAUGUUAUGCAUUCAAGAAAAUGUGCAAAAGGGUCAGGGACAAACCAAAUCCCCCACUGUGGAGACUAAACAAAAGACUGGGCCUUCUCUAGCCAGUUGGUUUGGCUUCAGGAAGAGCAAGCUCCCAGCACUGAGUAGCAGGAAGACUGAUGCUCCUAAAAGCAAGGUGGAAAAAAAGGAUGCAAAAGUUUCUGGAUUUGGAAUUAAGCAGGCAAAAUUAGAGAGAAGAAAAGAAAAGAAGAAAACUGAACAACACUGUGAAAUAGAAAAUGAAAUUAACAGGAAAACAGACAAUGGUGACAUUUUAGCCAUGGAGAGCAAAAUUCUGAAGCCUUCCCAAGACCCUCCUGGUGAGAUUGAGUGUGAACAAGUCAGAGGUUCCACCACAGCUGCCUACUCACCAAAAGACAGCUUUAUGAGAGAGCUUUUAAACAGAGUUGAUAAGAAAGCAGCUCAGCAGACAGAAAGUGGAUCAAAUAAUGUUUCCUACAGGAGUGUGUCGAAGGGCAGCUCCCAGGGCUCCUCUCCUCACGGCAACUCUAUCAGCACUCAAGGAAACCACAGGAAAAACAGCAACACAAAAGCUGAUAUGGAAAUGCAGAAUCAGACCCUGGCUAAAGUAGUCACAGAAAACCUGCAAGAAGAAGAGGAGGACACCAUGACAAGGACUACAUGUCAGAGUCAUGUGAUAGAGUCUUGCUGCCAGAUGAGGACGCUGGACAGCGGGAUCGGAACCUUCCCCCUCCCCGACUCGGGGAGCCGAUCGACGGGGAGACACGUUCCUAAGCAAGAGCCAGCCUUGGAAACGGGAAUCUUUGCAGCAUCUGAGCAAGUUCCUCUUCCAGCUCCUUCAGUAAAAGCCAAAACUCUUGAGCGAGAAGUGCCUUCAACAGCUAAGAGCCAGGAGUCUGCGGAAAGCGUAAUUAGUCACUCAACCUCCGAUCCAGCCAUGACUGCCAAAGCUAUACGACCUUUUCAAAGUCGCCUUCCCAAACCAGCUUCCUCAGGAAUAAUUAACCUUGCAAAGCAAAGUGAACAAGAAGCAACUUCUGUGACCUCUGCCUCAUUAGAACACACUGAAGAGACUUUAGAAAAUAGAAAAGUUCUUCCAGAGUGGACCCCCAAGAAAACUACAAAAACAAAGGACACAGCUCUAAGGGUGUGCACGUACUCAGCCAGCAGCACUGACAGUGAGCCAGAGCCAGAGUACAAAACCAGUUAUUUCAGAACUGCAGAGGAGACUCUUGUGGAGUUAACAAAGAGCAGCAGACAAGCUGUGCCAGAAAAACAAAGUCAGAGAAGGUCGUUUUUGGGGAACCCAAUGUCCAUUUUGGAUUUGUACCAACACAGUCUCUAUGGCCAUUUUGGAGAGGAUGGACCUGAACAAUUAGCACAUUACAGUUUAAUUGAGCAGCUGAGUGGAGCUUCCAGUAAAGACAGCAAGAGCAAGGGGAGCCCAAGUAAACUGAAGCAAACUGAAGAAACAAAAGAAGAUUCCCAGAACAGAGUAUCUAGAAUUUCCCUGGAGUCUCUGAAUAAAUUUAACAGCAAUAAUGUACUUUUAUUAGAAAAAGAGAAGAACUGUCUGAACAAGGUUGAAGGACAGAAGGAAGAAAAUGGAAAGAAAGAAGCAGCUUCCUUGAACAGCUCGGGUCGGCAGGACGUGGACAAUUUGGAAUCCUUGAGUGAUUCCCUGUACGACAGCUUCUCCUCCUGCACCAGCCAAGGCUCCAACGAUGUUUAGGACACUUCCCAGUGGGCUGCAGCGUGGAAAUGGAGCUGAAGGCGAGGUGGAGUGAGGAGGGAGAGGAGACUGUUUGAAAAUUCCCCCUGGGGCUCCCUGUGCUGACAUCAGGGUGUUCUGACCUCCCAGCACUCAGCAAUAAGGCGGGGCAGCAUCACGGCGGUGUGAGGGACUCAACACACCCAACACAACGAAUACACAGAAUAAAGUCUUAAUUUUGCACUUUUGUGAAUAUUUGUACAGUUGUAAAUACCUUGGGAAAAUAUAUUUGUAGGGAUACAUGACAGCAAUAAAUAUUAAAUUGGUGCUAUGCUCCUGCAAUGGCAGAUUACUAACUUAAAGAAAUUGGUGUUAAUAUUAACAAGAAAAGUCAGUAGAUUUUUUAAAAAAGAAUUAUAAUUGUCCUAGUCUUAAAACUGUAUGUAGAAACACUGCAUUACCAUAAACUUGAGCCUGCCAGAUUAUCUUUAACAAACUCUCAUGGACUCCCUUUUAGAAAACACUUUAUUUUUUCCUUUUAGUGCAAUUCAAUAUACAGGUAUUCUAGGGAAACAUGCAUUUCAGUUAUUACAACUUCACAACAGGUGUCUUAUUUCAAAAGGGUUUUGACUUUUGACAUGGCAAGAAAAUGAAUAGAUUAAAAGGCCUGAUACUGCUGGCAUUGGCUUCAUCAAUCAUGCACAUAACUGUUUGAGAGAUCAGGGUCAAAGCAAUUCUCUGCUGACACAAACAGGAGUCUUGUAGGAAUGAGAACCACAUAAACCACCCUGUACUUCUGUCUUUUCAACUUCCACCUCCCCUGUACUCAUUUCCCAUCAAAUUAUGAAUGUACCAUACCGUGUUAUCUUUUCUAGUCUCUGUUUGGUCUCAAGUAAAUUCUGAACACUAAAAUUAUUUUUUAAAAAACAAAACAGCUCCUGUUUGUGACACACUAAUAUGUUGGUGCUAACCAGUACUAGUUCAAACAUAUCUUGGAGCAGGGGGACUGGCUUGUAUUGGCUGUUUUUGGUUUUUUUCUACAAAGGUUGUUUAUAUGUAAGGGAGAGUCUAUUUCAAAGGUUCUGUGUAUUUUUUCUAGAUGUGAAGUAUUUAUAACUGCUUUUUGUACAGCAAUUGUAAACUAGAUAUAUUUGGGGUAUUUCUAGACUCUACAGUUUCUUUAGCACAUGCUUGUUAAUCUUUGAAAUAUUGUAUGAUCAGUGUUAAUAUUUUGUGCAAUUUGUUAUAUUUUAAGUCAUUUCUGCCGUAAACUUGCAUCGUCUUUUUCAACUUUUAAGAAAUUUUCAUUGAAACACCUUUCGUAAAUAAAACUUCUCUUGCCUA